CGAAUAUCCACCAUUUUCCACACAAGUCUCGUAUAUAAAUCUUCCGAUUCACCCACUCCAACCAUGGCUCACACCUUCUACGACGGAACCAUCCCGGUAGUCCAGGCCAUCCUCAACUCCCUCUCCCACAUCCUCCAUCAAGCUGAGCAACACUCCAAUGCCGACACUCUCCUCGCAGCCCGUCUCCAUGAGGACAUGUACCCACUAACCGACCAAGUCCGCAUCGCGACCCAGUUCUCCGAGAACCUGGUCGCAAGACUGACCGGUCGAGAGCCGGUGAUGUUCGAUGGCAGUCCCACGACAUUUGCCGAGUGCUACGAGCGCAUUGAGACGGUGUUGAAAGCAUUUAACGAGGCCGAUAAGGACGUCGUCAAUCAACAUGCUGACGUUGUCGCGACGACGAAGAUGGGCCCCGAAAAGGCGGUUGAGAUGACUGCUGCGGCGUAUGCUCAUAGCGUUGCUUUGCCGAACAUCUAUUUCCAUCUUACUACUGCGUAUGGGAUUCUAAGGAAGGAGGGCGUGCCGUUGGGUAAGCGGGAUUAUUAUGUUGGGUUUUUCCCUCAUAUUGGGGGCCAGUAGAGGGGGAUUCUUUGGGAUUUGGGGGCGGGUUUUGUUCGUGGUCUUUGAUUUUCUUAUAUUGGAGAUUGUACUGUGAGAUCUAUUGAUAUUACACACAACCGAAUAGACGGUUGGGUUUUCGUGACGUCUAUGUUAGAUAUAGAAGAGUACUCAUCUCCACCUAUACUAGGCUUCUGAUAGUAUAGUAAAUUGGAUAUUACAUAGCCUGUGUUUGCUCAGUAGCUG